AUGAAGGUAGAUGAAAACCCAUGCGAGUGUGCCCGUAUCCGGGACAUCGGUCCACAUAGGGUCGCCGAGGUCCUGCUAGUGGCCGUGUACAUGAUUGCGAGUUGCGGUUCCUUGGGUUCGGAGUUCGGCUAUCGCUUGGUUCGCUUGCUGCCCAAGAUGCGCUGGCUAUGCAUGGCAUCUACGGCAUCGGAUCAUCGCUGCAGUGAUGGAGAAGCCAUGUCCAUGAAGUCGCACAGCGGAGGCAAGGGACCGCAACGCCGGGUGCUUCUCUGUUCGUCUUCGUAUCACGAGUCGAGUAGGAACGGCUGGCUGAACAUGACGAAUAUGCUAUUGUCAAGACUGGUUGUACGUUAG